AUGAAAUCUAUUUGUUCUCCUAGCCUUACUACGGACUCCUGCGCAACCGCUCACUCCCUCGAGAGCUUGGUGUUGCACGCACGAAGCAAACGGCUGCACGCUCGACCGGAGGCCGAACGCCUCGACGAUUUCUGGCCCGUGUUGCUGCGUGGAAGUCCUCCAGCCGUGCAGCUGCGACGACCGCUCGGUGGCAAGACCGAGGGAUCUUGGCAGCCCCGAUGGUUGCUCGAAGAAGAUGAUUUCGCCGAGUAUCUUGAGCUUGUCGACGCCUACAAGGCGGCAGCUGGUACGAUAAUUUCGGCGAGUAUGCGCUCUCUCGGCCUGCCUGCGGAGAUGGCCGCUGCACGUUCCAUGCGCUCGCUCAUGCUGUCGAUACCCUGGGGAUUCCUGCGUAGUGUUUCGAUGAUAUCGUCGGUUACUUCUACCGCGCACGCGCUGUUGCUGGGAACGCGAUCGCGUCGGAAGGUGUCGUGUGGUCCACCUUAUCGUCCUUCAUUCGGCAGGUUAACCUGUCUGCUCGUGGUGCUGGGCGCCCGUAGCACUGUGAAGACACUUCGCGUCAGCCAGACCCAGUUCCGGUUGUCUGGUGUGGAGACCUGCCUCGCGUUGGAGCACCUGAUGUUAACGCCCGAGGUGUACCUCUGCAUCGGCAUCCUGGCGGGGCCCCAGCGCAAGCCUCACGCGUUCAUGCUUCAGGUGACCACGGCUGGAUGCUUCGCCUCGGACGACAACGUCGCCCAGAUGCCCCUGCUCAAGUAUGCGUUCUCGUGGCUCGACCAACUUCGAUUUGUGUGCCGUGUCCUGAUUUGCUAG